AUGGAAAAUCGGAAAAUGUAUGUUCCGUAUUUCGGUAAAAAAUCAUUUUGGACGAUGAUCCUUACGAGGAAAUCCUCUCUUUUUAAUCGUAAUCAACCAAUAAUGAUUAUUACAAUAGGAAUUAGUGGAGCAUCUUGUGCUGACAUUGGCCAUUUGGUUACAGAAAAUUUUCCCAAAUUCGACAAUAUUACAUCUAGACGAUUUUUUCAAGAAACAAAUCUUGCGAAUGGAGAAUGUCCUGAUGCGAUAGAUUUUAAUUCUUUCAUUAGUACACUUUGUGAGUUACGUACAUCUGCAAGUCUGGUAAAAACAUUUAAAUCCAAAAAGGUUCAAAUACGUAAUAACGUUGAAUCUACCGAAUUAGAUAAUUUGACUUUGAAACUAAAUGCUAAAGUUCAAAAUGUUUUAAUGAAAACCGAGAAUGAAUUGAAUUUUGUAUUUAUCGAUGGAUUCUUGUUAUACGUGAAUCCUGAUGUUGUCAAACA